UCGCUGGCCCAAUAGACAGCAGCAUCAGCUGAGCUACGAGAGAAAGCUGGGUCCCUGGGGGCCUAAGCUGAGCCUUGGGGCUUCCCAAUAAUGUGACCUUAGUCAAGUCUCUCAGGAAAGGAAAAAAGAAAACCGGCUUCUGUGGAGUAAGUACGAUCGAUCUCUUUGCCCAGAUGAGGUAAGUCCUCACAACAGGUUAGGAGAGCAAGGUCCUGACAUUGCAUGGCGAGUCCUGAUGACCGAUGUGGACUUCAAGGCUGUAUAACCAGGGAGUGGGAACGUUGAAUUAGGACCUGAAUGUCUCAGUUCAAGUCCUGGGGUCUUUCCUUGAGCUUUAGCUGCCUCCUCCUCCAGGUGGUGAUGAUAAUAUGCAUAUCUUGGGGUCGAGGUUCCACCCACAGCAACAGCAGCUAAGAUAACUCACUUCAAACACUAAGUGGUACAUUGGAAGUUCUAAUCCCUCCAUUUCCCUGGAAAUGUAGUCAUGUUCAUGUUACUGCCAUAUCAGGUUUGUGAGUGAAGGACCCAGAAUUUGCCUUGAAGGGAGGUUAUUUAGACUUUACUUCCUUCCUACCCUGCUUCCCUGGCCUUCUCCAUUUCUUGGUAUGGCCAGGCCCCUCUUCUCCCCGAGUUUCCGCAGACGGCCUGACAUCAGUGGGUGUUCCCUGGGAAAAGCGGGCGGGCGCAGCUCCUGGCACCGCUUCCCCUAAACCCCCUGCCUCAGAUACUAAGCGGCGGGAGGGUUUUGGAGCGACCAGCCGCCUCCCUCUUCCCCAGGUCUGGAACAGCAGCUGGACCCCACCCCUCGGCGUGAGAAGGAGGGGGCGACUUGAAUCCCUCAGCUGAUGCUGGGAGACCCGAGUUAGUACGGGGCGGGAAGUAGAUCUCGGUUCUGGGGUUACAGGGGGAGCUGUCCAGCCCUGCAGAUCCAGCUGGAAAGAAGAGUGGGCCAAGGCGCGCCAGGCGGAGCAAGGCGCGGGCGCCAGGCGCGGGUGCGGCAGUGACUCCCCCUUGCAGCCCGCUCCCCACGUGGCCGCCGCCGUCCCAGCCCCUCCGAGGAAGCGGCGCGGCUUCCUGCGGCUCGGGCCGGGGAUAUAGGCGCCCCCGCCCGGGCCAGCUCAGCUCCGCCGCCCCUCCUCGCCUUCUCGCCCAAGGCGUGAUGGCCCGGUUCCUGGUGGAGCGCGCCCCGGGUGGAUCGCCGCUCGCUCUGACCCGCGCCGGGCGGCCGGCAGCGCUCCGCCUCCCUCCGCUGCUCCUGCUGCUGCUGCUGCUGCUUCUGGGUGCUGUCUCAACCUCUCCGGAGUCCCUGAAUCAGUCUCUUUCCACUGAGGACAGCUGGCUGUCGAAAGGGAAUAUGGAGGACAGCUAUGAAGAGAAUGUCCAGUAUUGCUGGUUUGAUUAUAAGAGUCUUAUGGACUCGGUCAAGGACUGGUGUAACUGGACUUUGAUUAGCAGGCAUUACAGCGACCUGCAGUAUUGCUUGGAGUACCAGGCGGAGAGGUUUGGCCGGGGGUUCCCAAAUCCUUUUGCAGAAAGGAUCAUCUUUAAGACUCACCUGAUACACUUUGCCAACUGCUCCCUGGUGCAGCCCACCUUCUCCGAUCCCCCAGAGGAUGUGCUCUUAGCCAUGAUCAUCGCCCCCAUCUGCCUCAUCCCGUUCCUGGUCACUCUUGUGGUGUGGAGGAGUAAAGAUAGCGAUGCCCAGAGCUAAGGGGGCGCGAUCCUCAGCGGCCAUCUUUCCCCUUACCCCUGCUGGAACUGGGAAUCCCUUCUCCCCUUUCUAUCUCCUUUUCUCGCUCUCGUCUUCCCCACAGACCUUUGGAUUGGUGGAAAUGGAAGCCAAGCCGAGUCAUGGCACAAUUUCUGUAGUCUUUAAAAAAAAGUGUUUUUGUACAAUA